AUGGCAGGAGCAAACCCUGAAGGUGUUGCUUGGUUCCCUCGAGCAGCCUUGAAAUGCUGGGAAUUUGACCCAGAUGAUGCCAAACAGUUCUAUCGACAUAUUCUACUCGAGAUAGUUUCCAACUGUUAUGUUGAUGAAGGCUUCAAUGCCCCAAAAAUUCCUUGUCAGGACAUCAACCGCUUAGGAAAGCAGGUUCUCAGUAACUUGUUCCGAAAAACUUAUGCCCGUUACCAAUACAUGAACGCCAUGGCCGGCAGCACUUGCAUGGGUACCAAACGACAAGAUUCUGUCGGGGGUACCGAUGCUUACUUUGAAAUUAGUGAUCAGAGCGGAAAGAAUGAGGUUGGGCUUUGGCCAUGCCUCAUUCCUACGCUCGACGAACAGUUUCUCUGGGUAGAUUUGUCUUAUCCACUGAGAUGUAUCUAUAUCCCGCUAUGUCAAGAAGCGCAUAAAAGAUACCCUGAUCGGUGCACGUACACCCGGGUGGAAAUACGUCUUAGUAGUCCGACCCUGAAGAUCUACAGAUAUAUCAAGCUCGACGAGGAAGAACUUAUCAGAGGGACUUAUAAUCUUGUUAACCGCGAAAAGGACUACGCCAAACAGAUCGAUACUCUUAACAGGGGUAUUGUUGGCCAGAAAAUGAGAGAAAGAGAUCGUCACACGCUUAAAUCGGAGUCGACAAACUUGGCACACCAGCUUCAGCAAAGAAAUCCGACAACAAAGCUCCCAAUUACAAAGGAACCUGGUGUCUUUGGCCCCGAGAAAAGGAGAGAACAAGGAAUCUUUGGUGAUGACUUUGAGGUGUUACGAAAAGAGGAGUUUCAAGACCCUUAUCAAUUCAUCGUCCUUUUUGAUUCCAAAUCCGUCGUUGCAAAACAACCAACUCAAAUUCGAUGGAUGAAUAAAGCAGGUCUCAUUCAACUUGACAGAUUGAUCAGUAGCCAAUAUGGCAUCAGUGUUACUUACCAAGAAAAUUGGUACGACAAAGAUUGGAUUGUCAAGUGCCUCAUGGGUAUUGUGGCUGUGGGUCUCAGUUGUAUUCCGAUGAUUGGACCCUUAGUUGCCUUAGGGUCUCAAUUGAUCACAGAUGCUAUUCUAGACCCGGAGUCUUUCACAACUGCACAAGGACUUGUUGCCAAAAUACCAAAUAUUACUACAGCCUUCGUUGCAACUGGACAAAACACGAAAGGUUUCCUCGCUGAAAUGAAAACUGGGAAAUCAGGAGGUCGACAUGUUCUACCUUUGGAGAGUGACGAUAAGCAGGGAAGGUCAAUUCAGGUUGGACCUGAUGCUAGUGAUAGAGACGGAACAAGUGGUCAAAGUGAUAAAAAGGUUGAUACGUUGAUCAACGAGGAAACUUUUGAGAUUUUCAACGAUGACCCUGAGCAGAGUGAGGAUCUGGAUAAUCCAGAAAGCAAAAGUGAUAGUGGUGAAACGGGGAAAGAGGAAGGCGAGGGGGAGAAAACCGAUGGGAAGAAGGGGAGUGGAAUUGAUGGAGAUAAUACUUCUGAGAAUGGGGCCAAGGAUGACCCAGAAAACGAGGCAGAAGAGAGCGGCGAGAAUAAUGAGGGAGAAGAGGGAACAGGGAGUACUGGGGAGGGAGAUGCUGAAGGGAGUGAGGCUCAGGUAGGUUCGGAUAAUGGAGACAAUGAGGAAAGUCAGGAUGAGAGUGGGAGUGGAGCGGGUGCCGCUGUGGGUCAAGAUGACGCAAACGGCAAAGAUGUUCAGGAGGGAGAUAAAACUCCUAAGAGCGAGGCUUCUGAGGAAGAGCUUGGAAGUGAGGAUGAUGGUGAAAAAAGAGAUGAUAAUAAUGAAGAAGAGGUCGAGGGACAAAAUCAGGAAGCUGAAGAUGGAGGAAAUGAAGAUCAAAACAAUUCUGAUAACGAAGAUAACGGGGCAGUUGGGGAGUCUGAUGACACAAAAAGCGAGAACGGUCAGAACGAAGAGGACGAUGAUGAUGGUGGGGAUGGUGGAAAUGGUGUAGAUGGAACAGGGGAAGCGAGCGAAGUUGAAAAUGGCUCGGAUAGCGAGAACAAUGGAAAGGAUGAGGCGAGUGGAGAUGCUGAUCAAGUAAUCAAAGAAGGGGUUUCCGAUGCUGUCGACAAUCAGGAGAAUCAAGAGGUGGAAGAUGGCGAUAAAAGCGAAGGGGAACAAGGCAAGUUAGAAAGCGGGGAUGAUGGAAGUGACAGAGAUGGUGAAGAGAACGACUCAGAAACGAAGAAUGUCGAUCAAGAUGACAAAGAUGGAAGUGAUACUCAGGAAAGAGAUUCAGGAGACAACAACGAUGUGGAGGGAAGUGAUCAAGAGAAUCAACAAGCAGGUACUGCACAGAAGAGUGAUCAAGAGGAGGACGAUAAUCAGAGUCAAGAAGAAGGCACUGAAGGGAGAAACGACGAAGCCGAUCAAAUAGAUGGGGACAGCGAGGGAAGUGGUGAAAGAGAUAAUCCAGAAGGAGAUAAUCCAGAAGGAGAUAAUCCAGAAGGAGAUAAUCCAAAAGGAAAUGCUUCAAAAGACAGCGAUGUAGAGGGAGACGAUCUAGGAGAAUUGAUCCCAGAGUCAGAUGAUGCAGGUGAACACGAUCAAACACAGGACAAUAAUUUGGUAAAUGAUUCGGAAGGAGGGAAUGAAAGCGAUCAAAAAGAUGAAGGAGAGAGGAGCGAAAAUGAAAAUCAAGAGGCAGCUGAUGAACAGGGCCAAGAGGGUGAUGAUGGAGAUGAUCAAGAAGGAAGGGAAGACGGAAAGGAGAGUGAAAAUACUCAAGAGAACCAAGAAGAGGGCAGCCAGGAUGACGAUGGAAGUGGAAAUAAUCAAGAUGGGGAUGAAGCGAACGAGAAUAAUAAAGAAGAGAACAACGCAGAUGGAGAUGAAGCGGAAGAAAACCAGGAAGGAAAUGAUACUGGUGAUACUGAAGUGGGAGACGAGGGAGAAGAUGAUACAAAAGACCAAGAGGGCGGCCAAGAAGGAGACGACCAAGGAGGAGAUGACCAAGGAGGAGAUGACCAAGGAGGAGAUGACCAAGGAGGAGAUGACCAAGGAGAUGACCGAGGAGGGGAUAACCAAGAUGGAAAUGAAGAAGGUGGAAACGGAAAUGGAGGAGAUGGAGAAGAUGCUAGUGGCGAAAAUGAUGAAGGAGGGAACGACGAUGGUGGGAACGACGAUGGUGGGAACGGCAAUGGUGGUGGGAAUAACGAUGGUGGAAACGAUGAUGGUGGGAACGACGAUGGAAAUAAUGGUGAAAACAAUGGCGCUGAUGGAAAUGACGGAGAUGGAGACGAUUAA